GGAAUCACGCACUGUUACCAAUUCAGCGCUGGGAUGAUUCAGCCGGAGCCUAUCCCAGCACAGAGGCCGGCACGCACCCGUAGAGGAGAUCGCGCUCGCGAGGCAGUACCCGGCGACCCGUCCUCGUGCCAGGGCCCCAGGGCGUUCCAGGCCCGCCGACCCGGAGGUGGGUCAAGAGGUACAAAGGAUGCAAGUUCGUUAGGCAAAAGCGGGGUACAGGCGCGAGCCACAGGCACGGGAACCCCGCGCCGACCAGCGCCCUAGGCCCGACGACGGCAGGUAAGGGGAAGUGGAGGCACACACGGCUGGGGCGUGCCCCAGGCACCAUCCGGGAGGCUUCGGGUGCUGGACGUCCGCAGCCCUAUAGUUCCCAAGACGCUCGGCAAUCUGCAGCUGAUCAGCUCCGGCCAGCUUUGGGAUAAAGGGGAGACAGGCGGCGCGGGGAGUGGGAACACCCGAAGGCCGCGCUCCUCCUUUCAGGUCGGCCAGGAGCGCCCCGUUUGUUUCGACGUCGGACCGCGUAAGAGACAAUGAUGUUGGGCACCGAAGGUGGAGAGGGAUUCGUGGUGAAGGUCCGGGGGUUGCCCUGGUCUUGCUCGGCCGAUGAAGUGCAGAGGUUUUUUUCUGACUGCAAAAUUCAAAAUGGGGCUCAAGGUAUUCGUUUCAUCUACACCAGAGAAGGCAGACCGAGUGGCGAGGCUUUUGUUGAACUUGAAUCAGAAGAUGAAGUCAAAUUGGCCCUGAAAAAAGACAGAGAAACUAUGGGACACAGAUAUGUUGAAGUAUUCAAGUCAAACAACGUUGAAAUGGAUUGGGUGUUGAAGCAUACUGGUCCAAAUAGUCCUGACACGGCCAAUGAUGGCUUUGUACGUCUUAGAGGACUUCCCUUUGGAUGUAGCAAGGAAGAAAUUGUUCAGUUCUUCUCAGGGUUGGAAAUCGUGCCAAAUGGGAUAACAUUGCCGGUGGACUUCCAGGGGAGGAGUACGGGGGAGGCCUUCGUGCAGUUUGCUUCACAGGAAAUAGCUGAAAAGGCUCUAAAGAAACACAAGGAAAGAAUAGGGCACAGGUAUAUUGAAAUCUUUAAGAGCAGUAGAGCUGAAGUUAGAACUCACUAUGACCCACCACGAAAGCUUAUGGCCAUGCAGCGGCCAGGUCCCUAUGACAGACCUGGGGCUGGCAGAGGAUAUAACAGCAUUGGCAGAGGAGCAGGCUUUGAAAGGAUGAGGCGUGGUGCUUAUGGUGGAGGCUAUGGAGGCUAUGAUGAUUACAAUGGCUAUAAUGAUGGCUAUGGAUUUGGGUCAGAUAGAUUUGGAAGAGACCUCAAUUACUGUUUUUCAGGAAUGUCUGAUCACAGAUACGGGGAUGGUGGCUCUACUUUCCAGAGCACAACAGGACACUGUGUACACAUGCGUGGAUUACCUUACAGAGCUACUGAGAAUGACAUUUACAAUUUUUUUUCACCACUCAAUCCUGUGAGAGUACACAUUGAAAUUGGUCCUGAUGGCAGAGUAACUGGUGAAGCAGAUGUCGAGUUUGCAACUCAUGAAGAUGCUGUGGCAGCUAUGUCAAAAGACAAAGCAAAUAUGCAACACAGAUAUGUAGAACUCUUCUUGAAUUCUACAGCAGGAGCAAGCGGUGGUGCUUACGAACACAGAUAUGUAGAACUCUUCUUGAAUUCUACAGCAGGAGCAAGCGGUGGUGCUUAUGGUAGCCAAAUGAUGGGAGGCAUGGGCUUGUCAAACCAGUCCAGUUAUGGUGGCCCAGCCAGCCAGCAGCUGAGUGGUGGUUAUGGAGGCGGCUAUGGUGGCCAGAGCAGCAUGAGUGGAUACGGUAGCCAAGGAGCAAUGAACAGCAGCUACUACAGUAGUGGAAGCCGUGCAUCUUUGGGCGUGAAUGGAAUGGGAGGGAUGUCUAGCAUGUCCAGUAUGAGUGGUGGAUGGGGAAUGUAAUUGAUUGAUCCUGAUCACUGACUCUUGGUCAACUUUUUUUUUUAAAGAAAAAACAAAACUUCAGUUUAACAGUUUCUGUAAUACAAGCUUGUGAUUUAUGCUUUCUCUUUAAGUGGAAAUCAGGAUUCUUAUGAAGACUUGGGGCUCAGUAUUUUUGAAUACAAUACUUAUCUAGGAUAUGAGUGAAGCUGAGUAAACUAUAACUGUUAAACAAGUUCCAACUUUUCUCAAGUUAGUUAUAUUGUAGGAUAUACUUAAGCAGUAAGCGUAUUUAGGUAAAAGCAGUUGAAUUAUAUUAAGUGUUACCCUUUGCAUUGAACACUGUUCAGAUGCAUGUUGAAAGACAUGCUUUUUUUUUUUUUAAACUCAAUAUAGGAGCUGUGUCUACAAUUAAAAGUGAAACAUUUUGGCAUGUUUGUUAAUUCUAGUUUCAUUUAAUAACCUGUAAGGCACGUAAGUUUAAGCUUUUUUUAAGUUAAUGGGAAAAAUUUGAGACGCAAUACCAGUCCUUCAGGAUUUUGGUCUUGGUGUUUGUAUGAAAUUCUGAGGCCUUGAUUUAAAUCUUUCAUUGUAUUGUGAUUUCCUUUUAGGUAUAUUGCGCUAAGUGAAACUUGUCAAAUAAAUCCUCCUUUUAAAAACUGCA